CUGUACACUCAUGUCAUAUGUGUGUGCAUUGAACGGGUGUUUCACUGUAUUCGUCACCAAAACAAACCAUUCAGUCAGCGAUUAUCUCCUCAUUUGUCGCCACAGUUUCGGUGGAGAUCUGAUUGCCGACCAAAACCCGCACCCAAUCAGUGGACAACACACCCGCGCACCCAAUCGGUGGCCAAUCGCCCGCACAGACCACACAAACCACACACACAAUGAUCGACAGCCUGUUCAUCAUUAACCAAACCGGCGACAUAUUCAUGGAGAAGCACUGGAAGUCGGUGGUGCACCGGUCGGUGUGCGACUACUUCCUGGAGGCGCAGCACCGGAACCACGUGUCGGCGACCCUACCCUCUGGUCAGCUGUCGAACGUCCCCUGGAGGCGGACGGGCGUCAAGUACAACAACAACGAGGCCUACUUCGACGUGAUCGAGGAGAUCGACGCCAUCAUCGAUAAGAGCGGUUCCGUUGUUUCCGCCGAAAUUCAAGGAUACAUCGACUGCUGCAUCAAACUGUCGGGAAUGCCGGACCUAUCGCUGUCGUUCGUGAACCCGCGGCUGUUCGACGACGUGUCGUUCCACCCGUGCGUCCGAUUCCGGCGCUGGGAGUCGGAGCGGGUGCUGUCGUUCGUGCCGCCAGACGGCAACUUCCGGCUCAUGUCCUACCAUAUCGGCGCCCAGAAUAUGGUGUCGAUUCCCAUAUACAUCAGACACCACAUCUCGUUCAAGGAGGUGGGCGCCGGUAAGAUCGAGAUCCAGAUCGGCCCCAAACAGACCAUGGGCAAACUG